AUGGGUCUCACAGAGAUAGUUUCGCUCGAAGCCGACUUUUACGUUUCUCAACCUGAGAUUUCCUUGUUAAGUGAGGACCCAUUGCGGUCCAAAUCGGAUGCUCCCCCCAGGAGGGCCAAAAAGGCUCUGGAACGCUUCAUUGAGGUCUUUAAAUGCCGAAUAGGUUCAAAAUCAAGCAUUCACCAUUCAAAUGCAUUCAAAUUUGAAAAAGUCGUCGUGGGGCUAGAAUAUCAUACGGUCGAUGACCGGCAUUUUUUUAUUGUUAGCAGUGCAUCCAAACCAAUCAUGAAAUGCGAUGUGACAGACGUUCGAGAAACAGUAGAUCUGCCACUUCAAAUCCUGGCGCAUAAAGUUUUGGAACAGGAUGUAAAACUAAAAUCCUUGGCUCUCAAGCCCCGAAAUAAUGGCCAAAAUUCUAGAGUACGCAAAAGGCGCAAAGUGGCACGCUCUGCAGUCACUUCAUCAGCAUCUCUAGUAGGUAAAAUUCAAUCAAAAUAUCGGGAGUUGGAUUGCUCACCUGCCCUGCUCACUGUCUGGGACGAUUGUGCUCAGUGGCAUCUCGAAUUCUCUAUAUCUCUGCGAUACGUGGCCGAUAGCCCCAACAACUUUUCAGCAGAGACAAAUCGUUUUCUAGACACCAUUUUCAGCAGCUUUGAACGGUCGCAUUUCAUAAAGCACGAAUUGGCACAUUACUACGUUCAGCGGCAGUUCAAUCAUCAAACCGCUAAGUACACGAAAGAGCUUGCGCUCGAUUCUAGCGGAACACUUUCAGAUAUAUCACAGCUGAAUGUUCGACUUUUACCGUUCCAGAAGGAAUCCGUGCAGUGGAUGCUCGGUAAAGAGGGUUACGGUUAUUCCAAACGCGAAGACUUGGUUAGUACACCAGGUACAAAGGACUUAUGCGAACUUUUAAAUGCUCAUGUGUCGUUUGGAUAUGAGACUAUGCAUCUUCCCAAUGAUCUCAUUAUGUUCUGGAACAAGUUUACUGGAUACAUACUUACUUUUCAAGAAGCCAGAUCUAUUAUAGAAUCUUCAGAUUUUAUGAAAACUCCUCGUGCCAAAGGUGUCUUGUCUGAAGAAAUGGGUUUAGGCAAGACGCUGGAGAUCUUGGCUCUUAUUCUUAUAAACAAGCGGAGAGUUCAAGAGGACAGUACAAUUACUACGAGAGCAAGCAAAGUGAUACGCAUGGCUCGUAGCAGUCUCAUCGUUUGUCCCGAGAGUAUAUUGAUGCAAUGGAUUGAUGAGAUAGACACACAUGUUAUGAAUGGAAGCCCUUCGAAUGCCCAGGAACUGGGGGACACUCAAUCCACUGCACUUAGGGAAGGCUUGGCAGUGUUUCAUUACAAGGGGUUUCAAGAAGUAAAGAGCCAUUUCAAGACAGACGACAUCGACGUGAUCGUUAAACAGCUCACAAAAUAUGACAUCAUCAUCUGCUCGUACGCGACAGUAUCUGCUGAGGUCCACUAUGCGGAGUUUAGUGCUGCUGUCAGGUAUAGGCGUGGUAAUGCUCCAAAAUAUGACUACUCCUCGCCGCUGUCACUUCUGCAAUUUUAUCGAAUUAUCCUAGAUGAAGUUCAAAUGUUGCGGGGCGAGAGCACUAAUGCUGCGAGGUGUACUGGUCUACUACAUCGGGUACACACUUGGGGAGUGUCAGGCACACCCAUUAAUAGUAUUUCAGAUUUCAAAACGGUUUUGUCAUACCUACAAUUCCAUCCCUUCCAAGAUAGCCCUAAAAUUGUUGAUGCGGUGAGGAAAAAUCUUUCCCGAAGGUCCAAAGCCCAGGGACAGGAAGACUGUUCAAAUCAGUUGAACCCACAAGACUUGUUGGUCAAAGGGAUUCGAUUUGAUGCAAAUGAUCUGAUGGAUAUUUUUCCAAGGUUCAACCUGGGCAUAAGACACUCUAAAAUCGAUGUCGCAGAUCAAAUUCGCAUUCCCCAACAGCAUAACUAUAUUGUCCCAUUAGCAUUUCUCCCAAUUGAGCAAGACAACUAUUUGAAUUUGUGGAAUGGUUUCUUGGACGCCUCAGGUUACCAGAGUGACGGUCGUGGCAGAACCUAUCUUACUCCAAAAGAUCUAAAUUACUGGCUCAGUGUGCUUCGAAAGACUUGUUGUCAUGCCCUGAUGCCAAAUGCAAUGUUUCGGCAAGAGGGUGAUCAAGAUCUAGGCACGAUACAAUCAAUGGAUGCCAUUUUAAAAAAUAUGAUUGAAGAAGUUCAUGAGAGGGCAGACAAUUUACAAAGGGAAAACUUCACGUUGAGAAUUCAGCAUGCUCAAGUUUGCAUGGAACUGAAUGAUGAACCUUUAAAAGCUGUGGACCUACUCAUGCUCGUACGCGACGAACUGAUUCAUGAAUUGAGCACGGAAUUUGGAUUAGAUAUCUCAAUUGACAAAAUGGACAAAAUGAACGAUUUUAUGGCCAGUGAUGCGGAAAAUGAACUUCAAAGAGUUAAAGCAAAGCCUCACAUGGAUCUGCUACAUCAGUGUUUUUUCUUUAUCGCAACCGCUUACUAUUUUUUGGGUUCAAAAAAGCUCGAAGCAAUAGACGAUGAGAACGAGAAACUCAAAAAUAGUGAGCCCCCAGCAGACAGUAUUCAAAACAAAGGCCAUGAGCGAUCUCCACUGGUGUACACAGAUGUUUUCUCCGAAGAUGAAAUGAAAAUCAUCACCUCAUUUCAAAAACUCGAACAAGAUAAUUACGAGUAUGCUGAGAUUCUCCGCAAAGCUAUAUUAGCUGACCGAAUCCAAAAGGUAGAUCGUGAAAUCGAAAAUGUUAAAACUUUUCUGCAAUCCAAGAAAGCCUCUUCAGCAAUCCACUUACGUGAGAUUUUGUUCGAAAACGAGAAGGAUUACUCUUCCAAUAUGAACGUUGCACUCUGUUACAAGAAGUUGAGAUCGGCCUUUCAUGGUUUGAAUGGGCAGGCUAUCCAGUUCAAUAGACUAGUAAACGAUCUCCAGGAAAUUUCCUACAAACCUCUCAUUAUCGAGUACGAUGAGGAGAACCAAGACCAAAAGGCACGCGACUACGAGAACACAAUUGAAAAUCAAGACAAAGCUUUCGCAAUUUUAGAUUGCCUAGAGCGAUUGUUAACUAAUCGAGAAGAGGCAGCUCUCUCAGACGAGGACUUGAAGUCAUCACCCAACUUGUUGAGAAACACGGGUACUUUUUCUAACUACCAUAUUGGGUUGAUUUCGGAGCUGAGUCUUUACGAAGGACCAACAUUGAAGAUGAUUUUUACGGAGCUAAAAAAUGUUACGAUAGUGAACGGCUUUACAGAAAAUACACCUAAAAUUAAAGACAGCUUUGACGCAUACCUAUUAGGGUUUGAAUCGGAAAUUCCAAGAACCAAAAAAGAGAUCAAAUGUUUGCGAGAAAAUUUGAAGAGGCUCAAUGAAAUUUAUAAUACCAAAACGAACUAUUUCAGUAAUCUUCAAAGAAUUUCUGACUCUUUAUUAUCUUUGAUUCAGUUAGACCCUUCGACUAGAGGCUUGAUUUUGAAAAACACCACAGACAAUAUUCAACUUAAUGUUAACCUUCACAAGAUCAAUAAUCUGAAAUCACGAUUGAAGUAUCUUGAGACGUUGACGAACCAGAGAGAAGGUUUGAAUCUGAGUAAAAAGUUUAAUUGCACAAUUUGCCUCAGUGAAAUAUUUGUGGGCUCGAUGAUAAAGUGUGGACAUUUUUUCUGCAAAAGUUGUAUUCACAGCUGGCUGAAGAACAAGAGUGCUUGUCCUCUGUGUAAAAUGGAAACAUCCUCGUCUGAGGUAUACACCUUCAAGUUCCAAGAUACCCAAGCUGAAGAAAAAGACGAUUGUCGUGAUGAUUCAAAUGGACCCAAUAAGGUGAAAGAUUCCAGUGCAGCAAGCGAGGUCAUUUCGCCACACGGCGAAUUAGAGAUGGAGUAUUCGCAAAAAUAUCACAGUUACCCCAAUCUUGAAAAGAUUCACCAGCUCACUCUCAAAGAAUCCUACGGUUGCAAAAUCGAUUUUGCCGUGAAAUUGGUUCUAUACUUACAGAUUUGCCACAGAGAGGAAGUUGUGCGCGAUCCCGAUGCUAGACCACCGCAGAUAAUCAUAUACUCACAGUACUCGGAUUUCCUAGACAUCUUAUCAACUGUGUUGGCACAGCACGCAAUCAAACACCUCAAUACGUCUGGCUCUACAAAGUUUUCAAAAAGCAUAGAGAAGUUUAAGAAGAACGCUGACAACACCUGUUUACUUCUGGACGUCAAAAAGCAAGCAACGGGCCUGACUCUUGUCAAUGCGACCCACGUCUUUCUUAUGGAGCCCAUCAUCAAUGACAGCGCAGAAAUUCAAGCUAUCAAUCGUACUCAUAGAAUUGGGCAAACGCGCGAGACUUUUGUAUGGAAUUUCCUUGUGAGAAGCACCGUAGAAGAGAAUAUUGUGAAGUACAAAGCUAUACUAGAGAAGAAAAAGGCAAUGGUCAAGAAGCAGCGCCAGCGUCAGGCGUGUCAAGAGCACGUCAAGGUCGAAGACAUCCCGGACGACUUAAGUUCCUCGGAAGACGAGGAUGAAGAGGAACAUUCAAUCAAUGUGGAAGGGGAUGAAAGUGUCUCAGGAAAGCAUAUCUGGAACUGCUUAUUCCAUUCUUAG